ACUUCCGGCGGACGCUUAGUGUCAUUGGAAUCGUCACUUCCUGCCGGUAGUGGUGUGGACUGUGCGGGUCGUGGCCGCGGCUUCUGCGCGUCUCCCCUUUCCGUUUUCCUCCCUCCCUCCCUUUCCCUCCUUCGGCGGCUGUAGGUCGCCGGUCGCAGACUCCCUGACCCAUCCCUACCGUUUUCCUAAUCUCGGUGCCACCGGAUUGGCCUCCUUUUUCCGUUUCCCGGCGCAGCCCCGGUGUCAGGGCGGGGGGCCUUGAGGAGCCAAAGACGCUGCAACUGAGGAGAGAGAAGAACGAGACGAGACCCUUGGCUCCCCAGCCCGCUAGCUUGGUUCGCCGCCGCCAUGGCAAUGAGACAGACUCCGCUCACCUGCUCCGGGCACACGCGGCCUGUGGUGGAUUUGGCGUUCAGCGGUAUCACGCCUUAUGGCUAUUUCUUAAUCAGCGCUUGCAAAGACGGUAAGCCUAUGCUACGCCAGGGAGAUACAGGAGACUGGAUUGGAACGUUUGUGGGUCAUAAGGGUGCUGUUUGGGGUGCAACAUUGAAUAAGGAUGCCACCAAAGCAGCUACAGCAGCUGCAGAUUUCACAGCCAAAGUGUGGGAUGCUGUCUCAGGAGAUGAAUUGAUGACCCUGGCUCAUAAACACAUUGUCAAGAGUGUGGAUUUUACGCAGGACAGCAAUUACUUGUUAACUGCGGGACAGGAUAAACUGUUACGCAUAUAUGAUUUGAACAAACCUGAAGCAGAACCUAAGGAAAUCAGUGGUCAUACCUCUGGUAUUAAAAAGGCUCUAUGGUGCAGUGACGAUAAACAAAUUCUUUCAGCUGAUGAUAAAACCGUCCGCCUUUGGGAUCACGCUACAAUGACAGAAGUGAAAUCUCUAAAUUUUAAUAUGUCUGUUAGCAGUAUGGAAUAUAUUCCUGAGGGAGAGAUCUUGGUAAUAACUUAUGGCCGAUCUAUUGCUUUUCAUAGUGCAGUAAGUUUAGAGCCAAUUAAAUCAUUUGAUACUCCUGCAACCAUCAAUUCUGCAUCUCUGCAUCCUGAGAAAGAAUUUCUUGUUGCAGGUGGUGAAGAUUUUAAACUUUAUAAGUAUGAUUAUAAUAGUGGAGAAGAAUUAGAAUCCUACAAAGGACACUUUGGUCCUAUUCACUGUGUGAGGUUUAGUCCUGAUGGAGAACUCUAUGCCAGUGGUUCUGAAGAUGGAACACUUAGACUUUGGCAGACUGUAGUAGGAAAAACAUAUGGCCUUUGGAAAUGUGUGCUUCCUGAAGAAGAUAGUGGUGAGCUGGCAAAGCCGAAGAUCAAUUUUCCAGAGACAGCGGAAGAGGAGCUAGAAGAAAUUGCUUCAGAGAAUUCAGAUUCCAUCUAUAGUUCAACUCCUGAAGUGAAGGCCUGAGUAUCAGGCAUAUGCUACAGAUAGUAUACAAACUAUGGACUAAAACAAGCAAGCAGAGAAUAGCAUCAGCCUUCCAGAGUUACUCUCUGCUUAAGACAAACAUGAGCAGCAAAUAAUGAGGAGUGUUAAUUAGCCCCAGUCUUGGAACGAACUAACUUGGUGUUACCUGUAAGUGAAAAUGCAGGAAUGUCAGGUGAAGGCAAGUGGAGUUAUGCUCAUACAGUACAAUGGCGUGUUGUCGUUUUAAUGAAUAUGUGCCAGCCAACAUCCGAUUUCUUUCAUUACAAUUAGAUUUCCUGUAGCUGUUUAUGUUAUUAUGGAAAACAAAAAUAUAUUGACAUAUUUUUCUGACUUCUCCCUUAAGCAGAAAGCCUUUUUUUGCUUUAGUUGUAAAGAAGAGGGAAUACAUGAUAAAGUAACUGGUUUGAUUUCUCUUUCAUUAUAUGCUGCUUCUGAACAUCUAAUUGUUUUUAGUUGUCUAAAUAAAAUGCCUCUAAAACAAAACAAUGUUUGUUUCUUGGGAAAAAUUGAUUUGACUUUUGUGAAUGGAAAUCACCAGAAAGAUUUUCUGCAUAAUGACUAUCAGAACACAAUCUGAUUAAAGAGUCUGUACGAACAUAUUGUUUCCUAAUUUUGAAAUUCAGUUACUUAUGCUGAAUUUUUGAAAUUAGCUGUGGUUACAUUUAUCUCCCUCUUAGACUGGAUAGAAAUGAUUUUACCUGCCUUUAAAAAAAGCUUUCAAAAUAAUGACUUAUUUAAAUACAAUACAUGCUAGCUGUAAGAAAAGCAAUUCAGAGUUAGCAGAAAAAUCAGUCAAAAUCCCACCACCCCAAAAAUCUGUUAAAGUUGAGUGAAUAUUAAUGAACACGAAUGUAUCUCUCUGUGUAUGUACAGAUAGAUAGAUUUUACAAAAAUGGGAUAUUUGUAAACCUGCAAUGUUUAUUUUAUUUUAUCCUUUAAGUUCAGGUGGCAUUCAAGAAGUCUUUUUACCAACCUUCCAAUAAAAUGGUUCAACUGAC